UGGGCCUGCCGCUCGCGUCACCAGUCGGCGACUGAGCCUUGGCUGUGGUGGCUGAGGCGGCGAAGGCGGCAGCGGCGGCGACAGCUCUGGGGUUUGCGUCUCCGGGUGUGUCGGCCGCCGCUGCUGCUUCGGCUUGGUAUGUACAAAUGGCUGGUUAGGAUUCUCGGCACCAUUUUCCGCUUCUGCGACCGGUCGGUGCCCCCUGCCCGGGCCCUGCUGAAGCGACGGCGCUCGAACAGCACUCUGUUUUCUACAGUGGACACUGAUGAAAUACCAGCCAAAAGACCAAGAUUAGAUUGCUUUAUUCACCAAGUGAAAAACAGUCUCUACAAUGCUGCCAGCUUGUUUGGAUUCCCAUUCCAGCUGACCACAAAGCCCAUGGUAGCUUCUGUAGCUUCUGCUUGUAAUGGAACACGGAAUGCGGCUCCUUCAGGAGAGGUAUUUUCGAACUCUUCAUCUUGUGAACUGACAGGUUCCGGAUCCUGGAACAACAUGCUGAAACUGGGUAAUAAAUCUCCUAAUGGAAUAAGUGAUUAUCCAAAAAUCAGAGUGACAGUAACUCGAGAUCAGCCUCGCAGAGUCCUGCCUUCCUUUGGGUUUACUUUGAACUCAGACGGCUAUAAUAGAAGACCAAGUGGCCGCCGCCAUAGCAAAGGCAAUCCAGAGAGUUCCUUAAUGUGGAAACCUCAGGAACAGGUUGUAACAGAGAUGAUUAUUGAAGAGGGUGGCAAGGGUCUGAGGCGUCCCCAUUGUACUGUGGAGGAGGGUGUUCAAAAAGAAGAAAGAGAGAAGUACCGAAGGCUAUUGGAGCGACUGAAAGAAGGUGUUCAUGGAAACUCUGUUCCUCCUGUAACUUCAACUCAUCAUAGUUCUCAAAGAUGUCACAUGGAUACAUUAAAGACCAAAGGCUGGGGGGAAGAGCAAAGUCAUGGAGUCAGAACAACUCAGUUUGUUCCAAAACAAUAUAGAGCUGCUGAAACAAGGGGACCUCUAUGUCCAAUGAGGAGUGAAAAGAGGUGUUCAAAGGGGAGAAUUUCAGAUAUAGAGAAGACAGUUGGAAUUAGACUUGAAAAUGAAGGUAGGAGGGGACACCAGCUGGAACCUGAUCUGUCUGAAGAAGUGUCAGCCCGACUCCGCCUGGGCAGUGGGAGCAAUGGCUUAUUCAGGAGGAAAAUGUCAACACUUGAGACAAAAGAAAAAAAUUGCUCAGGCAAAGAGAGAGAUAAAAGAACAGAUGAUCUUCUUGAACUUACAGAGGACAUGGAAAAGGAAAUCAGUAACGCCCUGGGCCAUGGCCCACAGGAUGAGAUCCUAAGUAGUGCUUUCAAAUUGCGCAUCACUCGAGGGGACAUCCAGACCCUGAGGAACUUUCACUGGCUCAAUGAUGAAGUCAUUAAUUUUUACAUGAAUCUUCUCGUGGAAAGAAAUAAAAAACAAGGCUAUCCAGUACUUCAUGCAUUCAGUACUUUCUUCUAUCCCAAAUUAAAGUCUGGGGGUUACCAAGCAGUGAAAAGGUGGACCAAAGGGGUCAAUCUCUUUGAACAGGAACUAAUUCUGGUGCCUAUUCAUCGGAAGGUACAUUGGAGCCUGGUGGUGAUAGACCUAAGAAAAAGGUGUCUUAAAUAUCUGGAUUCUAUGGGACAGAAGGGCAACAGGAUCUGUGAAAUUCUCCUUCAGUAUUUGCAGGAUGAAAGUAAGACCAAAAGAAAUGUUGAUCUGAAUCUUUUAGAGUGGACGCACUACAGCAUGAAGCCACAUGAGAUUCCUCAACAGUUGAAUGGGAGUGAUUGUGGAAUGUUUACUUGUAAAUAUGCAGAUUAUAUGUCUAGGGACAAACCUAUCACAUUUACUCAGCACCAGAUGCCUCUCUUCCGGAAGAAGAUGGUGUGGGAAAUCCUUCAUCAGCAGUUGCUGUGAGAAUGCCUGGCCCAGUCCCUUAGCUGCUGGUGGUUCUUUCACGGACAAACGUUUUCAUAUACCUCAUGCAUUGUGGGUUUAAAAGUCCCUGCAUCGCCAGUUCUCUCACAGGUACUGAGCUGUCAGACAUGCAUGAAGGCCCUGCACCCUAGUGUCCUGACUUGGUAUGCGGAGGGCUGCUUGCAACCUGUUUGUAAGACUGUGCCUGCUCAGAGCCUGGACUAUUCAACCCACAUAGGAACAAACGCUAAUUAAUACUUUUUUUAAAAAGAUUUUUUCCCCCCCGUGAAUGUGGAAAAUGCAGGAUUUAUUCUAUGAGCUGUUGUUUUCUCUGUUUGUUCACAUGUAUUCAUUCACGCACUCAUUUGCAUACAUAAUGGGCAGUGGCUGUUUUCUGCUGCUCUUUUACAGUUAA